GAAAAUAAAAAAGGUUCAUAAAAACAAACAUAAAAGAAAAGGCGACUGUGUCUCUGUUAUUGGGCCAUAUAGUCAUUUGCCAAAUUGCUUCCAUUCAAUUCCUCUAAUUUCCUCCCUAUUUCCCUUUUCUCCUCUUCACCUAUAUUAUUACCAUUCUUCUCUUCCCCUGUUUUUCCAAAACUCGAGCUUUCGUUAUCCUCUCUUUCUUUUUCCUAAAUGAAGAUAGAAGUUACGAUGCCAUCUCCGGUGCCGGUAGAUUUCAACGUCGACAGUGGUUGUACCACUCCUUACAUGAGUGCACCUUCAAGUCCCCCACGUACUGCCACUUUGUUUUACAGUGCACCUGCUAGUCCUACUAGGAUUUCCCCGCUUUACGACGAAUUCAGCUGGGAAGAAAAUCAAAAGGAGAAAGAUAUUGUCAAUGUUGGUCCAGAUGAAGAUGAUGAUUUUGCUUUUGAUUUCAGUGGUCAGUUAGAGAGGAUUUCGUUAUCAGCAGCUGAUGAGCUCUUUGAUUGUGGUAAAAUCAAGCCUUUGAAACCACCAACUCCACGGUUUUUGUACGAUGGAAAGCACAUGGAUUCUCCGAAAUCCCCGAAGAAAUUGUUCAAGAAGAAAGAUUUCGAUGCAAAACAGAGUCGAACAGAGGAACAAGAAAAGGUUUCGAAAAGGGGCAAAGAGUUGAGAGUAUCCGACUUACUAUUUGAUCACGAAAGCAAUCAAGAAAACGCGAAAAAAUCCGCCUCCGUUUCAUCGUCAUCAUCUUCGUCCUCCUCCUCUUCGAGUACUUCAGUUUCUUCCAUGAUCUCACAAUGGUCCAAAAAAUGGAAGAUCAAAGAAUUAUUACUAUUCAGAAGCUCUUCAGAAGGUCGACCGAGUAGUACAGAACACUUAAACAAGUACGAAUUGUUGAAGAAAACUCAUCAAGAAGAUGUUAAGAGCUCCAGUUUUCGAUCAACAGAGAGUGUUAGAUCAAGAAAAAACGGACCAGUUUCGGCACAUGAAUUGCAUUACACUAUGAACAGGGCAGUAUCAGAAGAGAUGAAGAAGAAAACAUUUUUACCAUAUAAACAGGGCUUAUUGGGUUGCUUAGGUUUCAAUGCAUCGUUGCAGGAUUCAGUUUCAAAAAGUGUAGCUAAUUCUAUGUCUAUGGGUCGUCGUUGAUAGUUCACAUUCUCUACAUCUGUAAUUUUUUUGGUUUAAUUUUGUUACUCAUUUGAUCAUUUUCCUCUUGGAAAAUUAUACUUUGUUACAUAUAUUUCUUCUCUCUGGAAAAAUAUUUUAAAAUACUAAAGAGAGAGUUUUUAUAGUUU